AUGCUGCCCUACGUGCUGCCCUCACUCCUGCUCGCCGGCAGCUUCAUCGACGUGGCGCUCGCCGGCGUGGCUCAUGAACGCCGCGAUGGCUCAAGCCCUUCGUUGACAUAUGAUGCCAACACCACCCCGUACUGCACUUGGUGGGUUGACUUGACCUCGGCCAAGACUUGCAGCACCCUGCUAAGCGAGAACGCCAUCGACUUGGUCUCCUUCCGCAGAUGGAACCCGUCCAUCACGGACACAUGCGUCCUGCAGACGGGCCACUCGUACUGCGUCGAGGCCUUCUUUGAGCCCCCGGUCAGCACGGCCGGGCCAACCACGACGUUGACCAGCAAGACCACGUCAUCGACCAUACCAUCGACCACCACGACGUCAAUCGGCAACGGCGUGUCCACGCCGAUGCCGACGCAGGCGCAGAUCGUCAAGAAUUGCAACAAGUUUUAUUUUGUGCAGUCGGGCGAGUCGUGCUCCAGCGUGGCCAGCGCCAACAGCAUCACGCUGGCCCAGUUCCUGGAGUGGAAUCCGUCCGCCGGCAGCAGCUGUGCGGGGCUCUGGGCCAACGCGUACGCCUGCGUGGGCAUCAUCGGCGGCGCCACGGCCACAAGCCGGCCAACCGCCACCACCACCACAGGCAACGGCAUUGCCACGCCCACGCCCACGCAGCCAAACAUGGUCGGCAACUGUGACGCCUUCUACCGAGUUAUCUCGGGCGACACGUGUGCCGCCAUUGCGAGCAAGUCUGGCAUCUCGCUAUCGCAGUUCGUAGAGUGGAACCCCAGCGUAGGUGGCUCGUGCAGCGGGCUCUGGCUAGAUGUAUAUGUCUGCAUCUCCAUUGUCGGCCAUACCCCUUCGCCGACCAACCCGGGGAACGGUGUGGCGACGCCCGCUCCGAUCCAGGACGGAAUGACCAAAAACUGCAAGACGUUCCACUUCGUGGUUUCGGGUAACACCUGCGCGACCAUUGCUCAGCAAUACGGUAUCACUGCCGCCCAGUUUGUUUCUUGGAACCCAGCCGUUGGCUCCUCCUGUACUGGUCUGUGGGCCAACACCUAUGCCUGCGUGGCUGUGUUGUGA